AUGCGUGUUCCAGCUGAAGUUAAUCCCUUUGCAUUCAAUAGCACUUUGGUUGCUUACCGACCUGCUACUUGCAGUGACAUUACCUCCACCCUCGUCACUACCACCAUCACGUCCGUUUCCACAUCAUUGAACGCCUGUGGGUCCGUUGGUACAAGUUUCAUAGGCCCCAUUCCUGCCCAGGCUGUAAUUGCGGGGACAAAUGAAGGCGAUAUUUCAGCACAGACUGGUGCUCAACAAGCUCCCUCUACACCUGCUGUGACUUCUGCUACCGGUGUUCGAAAGUUUUUUCAACGCCAUCGACGUAUUUUAUCUGCCUCUGCGGUACCCUCCAAGACGUUGACUAUCGAGGACCAAAGCUUUCCUACAGAGCCUCAAGCUUCUUUGGCAGUGAAAAAGCUCGAACAGAUUGAGUUGACAAACUCAUGCCAUAUAAAGCAGGCGAAUUCGGCAGUAACACAGCUUGCAGUUAAGACUGAGGAGAUCCAGAAUCCGAUUUCUUUAUCGAAGCCUUUUUCCACUGGGCUAUCUAUGACUCCCUUUUCACCGAUCUUUAAUCUUCCUAAUUUUUCCAAGUACGGUACAGAGGAUCCUUUAAAACAGAAGUCUUUUUCUCACAAGCAGGGGUCUCUGGAAAAUCUAAGGAGUCAAGCAUAUGCUUUAAACGGCCACAGAAGAAUUUCCAAUAUUAAAAUUCUUAAGGCUGAUGAAGAAUCGGAUAGAGAUGAGGAUGAUGAAGACAAGGAAGAUGAGGACGAAAUAGUAGAGGAAGAAGAGGAAGAUGAGGAAGAGGAUGAAGAGGAGGAGGAAGAAGAGGAGGAAGAAGAGGACGAGGAUGAGGACGAGGACGAGGAUGAGGACGAAGAUGAAGAUGAAGAUGAAGAGGAAGAGAAAGAAAAAGAAAAAGAAGUGGAAAAGGAUGAAAAUGAAAAUAGAGGCAAGGCUUUGGACAAACAGGAGGCCAAUGGGGAUGAACAGUUUAUUAUAGAGGCCUAUAAAUCUGGAUGCAAAGAAGAAUUAUUGGAGACUAAUUUCUCAACAGAAAAGUCGGCCACUUCUGGUUUUAUUAGGAGAGCUUUGGCUUCUAAUGCUUCAUAUCCUCAUCACCCCAGAAGCUUGCAUAAUCAAGUU